AUGCGCAUUCAGAAACGUCCAUUGCGAAGCUCGAUCCAGGUCGUGCUGCCGUCCCGAGUGCGCCCGUACACGCGCGGCAGCGGCCCUGCGCUUGCACCGCUGCGAAUCGCCCUGAAGAACGACUCGACUGCGUACAUCACGGCCAAGGAUGUGCUGCCCACCAGCACGAGGAGCGGUGGCCUGAAGCUGCAGAUGCACUACGUUGUACGGUGGACAGACCUCCCGGCUGCCUCGGUGCUCAUCCCCGCCACGCACAUUCUCGACCAUGUUUCACCCCGGGCGCUGGAAGACUACGAGUACCGCCUGUUGCUGGAGGCCGAGGCGGCAGAGGCAGGGCAGAGAAACGAGGCCGAGUCGGCUGCAGCAAUGGUCGCUGCCGGGGCGAUGAGCAUAACGGGCGCGUCUGGUGCGCCGCAGGCGAGGAAAAGGAAGCGUGGUCGUCCCAACAAGGCUGACCAGUUGAUGAGAGAAGACGCUGCAAGGCCUACCAAGGAAGAUGUUUCGGCCUUGCUCCCGGCCACGAGGACGACGGGCCCUUCCCUUUCCACGCCGCAGAAGUCGUUGAGCACGGCUAUCCAUGAGCUUGGCGUCGAAGAGGAUGUGGAAGACGAGUCUGAGGACGCCAUCUUCAAGCAACUAUACAGCCAACACGCUUCGCCAAGUCUGUGUAGUGACAACGUCGAUGCAGAGGGUUCCGAUGCAGAGGAGCCGGCGCACAGCCCUCCCGUCGAACUUAAUGCUCAUAACAGUACCCUGGUGCUCGACACCAAAUCCACCGUGACCCAGAGGCCAUCCUCCCCAAAGUCUAUGUCUACUUCUCAGUUUCGCAUAGAGAUACCACUAAGCUCUCAUGCUAAAACCGCGGGCCCGAGCGGUUUCACGCCUGCUGGUCGUAGCGCGGGAAGGUGGCCCUCAGAUUCACCUGUUCGGGUCCCAGCUACUAUCACUCAACAACGAACAACGCGGGACCAUCUCGCACAUUCUUCGCGGAAGAGGAAAAGGAAGAACAGCGUUGCUCCAGCUAACGCUCCAACUGACGAGUCCGCUUAUGAGGUGAAACGACUCGAAGACGACAAGAUUGUUGACGUCGAUGGUAAGAAAGAGCACUGGUUUCGGGUGAGAUGGGAAGGCAACUGGCCACCGGACCAGAACCCAACGUGGGAGCCCAUGGCCAAUAUACCGAGGAACUUGGUGAAGAAGUACCUCAAAAAGAGAGGAGCCAAGGCCGAUUCCGUGCAUGUGGGUUUGGACGAGGUCGAUGGGGGCCCGAUCAUACCGAGGAGGAAAUAUUCAAGCGUGGCAGAGGCAUUCGCUGGGGAAAUAGAGGAUGCCCCCCACGGGCAGAGUCCUCGCAACACUGGUGAUGACUACGCCGGGGAAGAAAGGCUACUGGUUGAUGAGCAUGAGUCGACCCCGAUGCCAUUUCGAUUUUCCGUACACGGUACGACCAGCCUUGAUUUCGCCGGUGCGUUUGGUAUGUUCCAUGGCGAUGGAAACGGUCAGGACAACCUCGACCCACCUCUCUAG